AUGCGGGAUGGAAGACGUGCGGACGGUCGUCCAAAACUCCUAGACCCUACGUCAGCCUAUCUGCAGGUGGCUCAGCACGAACAUCGGCUCUCCGAAUUGAGAGAAGAGGUCCGUCAAGCGACUGCUGCCUUGCAAUCCUUCGCCAACGACUACAACUCUAAACUUGCCGAGUAUCUUGCCUUCAAUGGCCUCGAUACUCACCAGACAUUCGCGAAACUUUGGCAGAUGAACAAUGGCGAGUCUUCCGAGUCGGAGCACGCCAGGUUGAGUGAAGAUCUGAACAAGUCGCAGCGUCGGUACGAGGGAGCGCGAAGAGCUGUCCGCGAGGUCUUGAAGGCCCAUAAUACUCCCUCGGAGGUGUCUCUAGGUCCGAAGACGAGUGACUAUAUCACUGGCCCCAGUGCACCUGAAGAUGCCGUCAGGACUGCUCUCGUCCGUACGCCGUUGACGAGAAUCAGAGAAUGGCACGCAAAUGUAGCGAACGAAGCUAUAUCGGCGCCGGAUUACCUACACGUUGAGCACUCAACUUGCUCUAACGAGCAGAGCAAAAGGUGA